AUUCGUUACAGAUGUCGACACCCUCUGGGGUCUUUUUGCCACCCUGCACAGUAAAGUGUCUGGCUACAAACACGGAGUCCAGAGCAAGAAGCAAAAGGGCCUUUGGAUGGCCGUGGAAGUUGUCGGACAUACAAUAUUUAUGAAGGCUCUAAAUCUUCACCACUGUGAUGAUUGGGUUGCGAAGGCCGCGACGGACCACCUGAAGAAAGACGGAAUGAAGUGGUGUAACAGAGCGGCGGUGGAAGGAGGCUGGACUGAGCCACAGAAGCCUAAGGCAUUCAACCGCGUAAUUUCCUAUACCUUCGGCGAUAUUGGCAUGGUUGUCCAAGAUGACCAUCAAAUGUUGUUGACCAACCAUGUAUGCCAAGCACUCGACCAUGGUGUUGUUAAGGGACCAGACGGUUUGGAAUAGGAUGCCAGCCGUUCCCACCAAUACACCAGUCCGGCGUACAUGGCAUUCCGAACACGGGGAAUCAGGCAUGAGGCUACACAGUUCUUGGCCCGUAAAGUUCCGCUCAAGCCAGGCAUGGAGAAUGAUGUUCGUCUAAUGUCUUACUUGUGGCUAUCGCAAAGCCGAAAAGCAUUGGUGUUCGAAUACAACCAGAACAGGGGGUAUGCCAAGGUCAUCACGUUUGACGAAGGAUUCCGAUUCUUCGAUGCUGGCGCCAUAAAGAGGGGCCAUCCGGAUUCCGAUUCAGAGGGCGAUGACCCUGAGGAAAAGUCCAAGCUAGAUGUCUACACCGAGAAAGAGGACAUUGAGCAGACGAUCAAGCUCUUUCAUCAUAUCCUAGGUCGAAUCAAGGAGCAAGCUGAAGCUCAUGCGGAGCAGGGAACUUUCAGAUUUGCGAUCAAGCAAACGCGAAAGGUAGAUAAAGACUUCCAAGUGGUAACAGACGCUCCCCACUUGGCCGUUAGUCUACUCUCGCCGGUGGUCAUAGACCAAAUUCGCAAGGUUGAGACUGAUAGCUCGGAGGACAGCGGUAGCUCGGCGAAUAGUGACCCUACCGAGGAGAGAAGUGAGGUAUUGGAGGACAGUGACGACUCGGAGCAGGGUGGCGCAUCUGGUACGAACGAAGGAGCUCGAUCGAAACGCAUUCGGCUGGAUUUUUCUUAAAGGCAACCAGGUCACCUGAAGACUAGUAAAUGGGUGUUCUCUCUUUAAUUGAACCGUUUCCACGGCACGUUAAAUAAAAAUGUUCUACUUCGUCAUAAAAAUUUAGCACU